AAUUGUAAUUUCAAAAUCGAAAAAAAUAUAGAAAUACAUGAAAUUUCAAAAUUCCGUAGUGGUUAAAGGGUCACAGCCGGGUCCGGGGAGCCCAUUUGAGUAGUUGGGUUGGGCCUGAUUUCAAGUACAGAUCCAGAACAAAAUUUUCGGGUUCGAGUCCAUAAAAUAUUUUUAAAACGGAAACUUAAAAAAUGAAAAACAUAUUUGCCACCUAGCUCCACCGCCAGCCACCACCGUCAUCCUUCCCUCGCGCCGCCCCCCAAACCUUAAUAAUCAAAAUUUAAAGCCCCCAAUUCAAAAAGACCACUUUGAAUUUUGAACCUCCAAGGCCUAAACUAUGUCUUAUGAUCCAGCGCCGGCGGCUAAGAAACCCCAACCACUUCCUUGGACUCACCCAGAGACUCUCAACCUAAUCCAAGCCUACCAAGAAAAAUGGUACUCUCUCCAGCGCGGCCAACUCAAAGCCAACCAAUGGGAGGAGGUAGCCGUAACCGUCGCCACUCGUUGCGGCCUCUUCGAUGAUUCCGCCGCCAAAACCGCCCUCCAGUGCCGUCACAAGAUGGAGAAACUCCGCCGUCGCUACCGCUCCGAACGCCAAAACCUCGGCUCUGCUUCCCCUUGGCCUUACUACGACGCCAUGGAAUCUCUGGAGCAAGGGCCUUUGCCUAUCUCGGCUCGACCAUUGGCUUCCAUUGUUCCAAACGGACAUGAAGCUGGGAACUACUACCAUAACGACGACGAAAACAACCCAAUCGAGGAAGAAGAAGAAGAUGACGAAGAACAUGAAGGAGGAAACCGGUUCAGCAAAAGCCGCAGCAUCAAUUACAUAUUGCGGCGGCCGAGUGUUGUGAACCGGUUUUCUGGGCUAAUGAAGAAAAGGGUUAGAACAGAAGAGGAAGGGGAUGGUGAUGGUGAUGCAGCAAUAACGGGAAAGGGGGAAGAAGACAAAGGGGUGGAACUAGCAAUGGAAAUUAGGAGAUUUGCAGAAAGGUUUAUGAGGUUGGAAAGGAAAAAAAUGGAGAUAAUGCAUGAAACUGAAAGGUUGAGAAUGGAAAUGGAAAACAAAAGGAUUGAGAUGAUAUUGGACUCGGAGAAGAAAAUUGUGGAUGCCAUAUCAACCAGUUUGGGGUCAAAAACAAAGGAGUGAAGGUGGAGCAAGAUUUGGGUUCUUCAAGAAACUUUCUUCUAUUGGAGCUUCAGGUUGUAUAGACUAAAUAGUGAUGGAACUGAACAUAAUUUUUGAGCUGCAAUUGUUGAGAUUUUGCAUUUCUGCUCUCUGGUGCCUAACUCUUUUGAACAGUAUUUCUAAUCUGAUCACAUGAUUAAGCUUUGAAACUGUUUUUAUCUAGCAAUUGUUCUAGUGGGUUUUUUUCUUCUAUCUUUGGCUUUCAUUGAUGAAUAAUGAGCUUAAGGUCAUCCACAGUAUGUCUAGGUUUCUCAAUGUACAUUUUUUUGUCGAAACCAUAGUGUCCACUGUGAAUGAUUAAUUCCCUUGUCUUAGAUGCUUUCUAAAAAAGUAAACGAUUUGUUAUUAAAUAUACUAAA